AUGAGUAACGUUCUCUGCAGUCAGUGUAAUAAUAUAAUAACAACAACAAACUUUGUGAAAUGCCAUAACUGCAACGCCAAUUAUCAUUUCUCUACGUGUUCUCCCUUAUCGGAAUCUACAUACACCACUAUGACUGUUGAGAAGAAAAUGAACUGGAGAUGUCAUGUGUGUAAACCUCGGAGUAAAUCUCCUAAUAACAUCUAUCAAGCUUUCGUGUUUGAUGAGAAUAAUCAACAAAAGCAGAUACGAGACGAUACCAUUUCUGAAGAAAAUGACAGAGCGAAAAAAUUCAAAGAGUCUCUGUCUUUUAACUCAGUAAAUUCGAAACUCUGCUCUGUCCAAUCUGAUGUAACAGAAUUAAAAUCGGACAUGAAGGAAAUAAAAUCACAAAUUGAAAUGCUUGCAUCAAAUGUAAAUACGUCCAAUUUACAAAUUAAAGACGAAAUACAAUCAGCACUCUCAACUAUUACUCAAACUUUAUCAACUCUAGUAGCUCAAGUGAGUCAGUUAAACGAUAAAGACAAACAAAGAGAAAAACAAAUUAACAAUAUGGAGAUGCGUAUGAACAAAAUUGAACAACAAAUGAUCGCUAAAAACAUUGAGAUUAAAAACAUUGAUAAUAAACAAAUCUCUCCUUUCGAUGUCGUCAAAAAAAUAGCAGCUUCGCGAAACGUUGAGAUCAAAGAAGAAGAUAUUAGCAAGGCUUAUCGUUUGAAGAGACAAGAAAGCAAAAUUAUUGUCGAGUUCCUCUCUCUGGAUAAAAAAACAGAAUUUAUGAGCAAAAUAGAAAGGCAUAGAGUAGAAGGAUCAAUUAUAAACGGCAAUGAUAACAAUAAUAGCAAAUAUAUUUAUAUAAAUGACCAGCUUAUCUACAAUUACCGCCAGCUUCUAUGGGUAGCAAAGACCAAAGCUCAUGAAGCUAAUUGGAAGUUCGUUUGGGUUCGAAAUGGCAACAUAUUUGCGCGUAAAAAUGAAAAUAGUCCAUCGAUAAUUAUCAACAAUGCUGCCGAUAUUGAGUCCAUAACAUCCACAAUUUAA